AUCUUUCUCAUGGGACCUGCUAGGUGGUAAUAGUACACCGCAUUACUCUAAUGUUUCAGAUAUGGAACGAUGAGUUUCUUGUUUGGGAUCCUGAAGAGUUUGAUGGAAUCACUGAAAUAUCGCUGUCCUCGGAUGCCAUCUGGGUGCCUGAUGUCAUCAUAAGUGAAUUCGUCGAUGUUGGCAAAUCCCCAGUCAUCCCAUAUGUUUAUGUCAACUGCUCAGGAACAGUAAAAAACUACAAACCCAUCCAGGUGGUCUCAGCCUGUCACCUGGAGAUUUAUGCCUUUCCCUUUGACAAGCAGAACUGCACUCUGACCUUUCGCAGCUGGCUCCACUCAGUGAAUGAAGUGGAUUUAGUUCUGUGGAGGCCUGCUGAGGAAAUCGCCAAUGAUACGAGAGGGUUCAUGAAUGAUGGUGAAUGGGAGCUGCUGUCUGUGCCUUCUCACUACUGGACACUGAACCUAGAGGACAGAGUCUACGCACAGAUUCAGUUUAAUGUGCUGAUCCGCAGGCGCCCCCUGCUGUACGUGGUAAGUCUGCUCAUCCCGAGCAUCUUCUUCAUGGUGGUGGAUGUCACCAGCUUCUAUCUGCCUCCGAACAGUGGCACUCGCAUCACUUUCAAGACCAGCAUUCUCUUGGGUUUCACUGUAAUCAGAGUGAAUCUAAUGGAUGAAAUCCCUGCUACCGCUAUUAAAACCCCCCUCAUUGGGGCCUUCUUCGCUGUCUGCAUGGCACUGCUGGUGCUGAGUUUGGCAAUGUCCAUAUUUGUAGUGAAGCUUUUGCAUUACAGUGAGAAGGAGGUCAAGGAGAUGUCCAUGUCCGCUUGCUUACUAGACAAAUACGGCUCAAUGGAUCAGAGCUUUAUUGAGAGCAAGCUAAGCAACAACACCGGGCGUUUCGCCAAUGCCACUCUGGUUCGUCUAAAUGAGUUUUUAAGUGCCGGAUAUAAGAAAGGAGUUCGACCAGUGCGCGACUGGAGGCAGUCAACAACAGUGGCUAUUGACCUAAUGGUUUAUGCGAUUCUUAAUGUGGAUGAGAAGAACCAGGUCUUGACGACUUAUGUCUGGUACAGACAGCAAUGGAUAGACGAGUUCCUUGCGUGGGAUCCAGAAGAAUUUGAUGACGCUAAACAGAUAUCCAUUCCCACUGCCAACAUCUGGGUUCCAGAUAUUCUUAUCAAUGAAUUUGUGGAUGUGGGAAAGUCUCCUGAUAUUCCUUACGUCUAUGUAAACUAUACUGGGCUUGUUCGCAACUAUAAGCCUAUCCAGGUAGUGACCGCCUGCUCCCUCAACAUCUACAACUUUCCUUAUGAUGUCCAAAACUGUAGCCUGACUUUCCAGAGCUGGCUACACACAACUAAAGACAUCAACAUCACACUAAUGAGAACCCCCGAGGAAGUAAUGAAUGACAAGAGUGUGUUCAUGAACCAGGGAGAAUGGGAGCUGCUUCACGUCCUCUCUACAUACAAAGAGUUCAGCGUAGAUAAUGAUGAUUACUAUGCCGAAAUGAAGUUCCAUGUUGUGAUCCGACGCAGACCUCUGUUCUACACAGUCAACCUCCUGUUGCCCAGUGUAUUCCUGAUGGUGAUGGACAUCGUUGGAUUCUACUUGCCCCCAGACAGCGGCGAGAGAGUAUCCUUCAAGAUCACCCUGCUCUUGGGCUAUUCUGUCUUUCUCAUCAUCGUCUCUGACACUCUGCCAGCGACCGCCAUAGGGACCCCUCUCAUUGGUGUGUACUUUGUGGUAUGCAUGGCGCUGCUGGUCAUCAGCCUGACCGAGUCUGUUUUGAUCGUGAGGCUGGUGCACAAGCAGGAUCUGCAGUCUCGUGUGCCCCAGUGGGUCAAACAUCUGGUGCUGGAGAAGGCCACGGUGCUGCUCUGCAUUCGCAACAGGAAGCAACGGCUGCCAACCACUUCAUCUCUUAGCAAAUGAAAUUGAUCUUUGAUUCUUUAAGCAGUCCACUGCAACCAUCACAUCUCAGAGGGCUCCAGAGACUCUGGGAGAACCCUGGGUUUGGGGCUGUCCACGCGGGACAGCGGGUCUCCUGUCAUGGACGGCAUCCUGCGUGAAAUCACCACCAUCCGCCAGUUCAUGGAGAAGAAGGAUGAGAGCAGGGAGAUCGCUAAAGAGUGGCUUCAGGUGGGGUACGUGCUGGACGUCCUGCUGUUCCGCGUCUACCUGCUCACCGUGUUGGCCUACAGCAUCACUUUAGGCACACUGUGGUCCGUCUGGCAGAACGUCUGACCGCAGAUGUGGGUCACAGAGGGAAGGCGCCAAUUCGGUCUCACUGCUCAGUGUAAAUGCAGUGUUUGACGUAAUUUAAGUGCUGGUAAUCUGAUUGUUAUCUCACAAGAGAAUAACUUGAGUACCAUAGAGGAGAAAUGUGCUUUCAAAUCAAGAGUUAUUACUUGUAGACUGCUGUUCUAGCCGGAUGAAAGCUCUUCAAACUGCCGUCUCUGAAAAGCAUACAGAAUACAUGUAUGACUGUUAUAAUAUCGCAGUCUUCUCAUAUUUAGAACAACAGCGCGACUGCACGUGUGAUAUUCUCUUUUUACAACCAUAAAACAUAUAAAUUAGUUAAAUAUGAAGAAUUCACAUUUUUUGACAUAUUUUGGUUGUCUCUGCCGAUGGAAACGGUUUCAAAAACAUCAAAGAAAGAAGCAGCAAACACAGACAAACAAAGCUUUAAACAUAUAUGAAAUACAUAACUCACUGUGAAACAGCAUAUCAAAACCUUCAGCAGUGUAUUGUGCCGGAGUAUUCCAUUAUUAAUAAAAAAAUGUCAUUAAUCACACUGACAUAAACUACUGUUCAAAAGUCAGUAGGCUGAAAUUUUUGAACAGUAGUGUAUUUACUUCAGCCAUAUUUGUGAAUGUUUGGAAUCAAAUAAUUGAAGUUUUAUGCAGUCACUGAAACAACAAUCUAUCCUUAAGGUUCCAAUUAAUAUCAUUUCACUUCUGUUAUCCUGAUCAAAUCUGUGGUACUGUGAGAAAAAAAACAUUCAAUCCUGUUGUUGAAAUGUAAACCUCUUGUAAACUGUCUGUAUUCCUGUGUCUUGAGAAGAUGUUGGACCAUGUCUAUAUUGUGCUCCCUCUCUUCCAGCCCAAGGGCGGCUGAGUAUUAGUCGUUGCCUGUGACACUAAAUGUACUAAUUGUAAAGAUUUUCACCUCACUGGGAAUGCACUCAGCAGGCCUGGGGUGGUUGGACAAAUGCCAUCGACACCCUACAUAAUUAAAGAAAAAAAAAAUCAGUUAGACAGUAAAUGGGAGCAUUGAUCCCAAUACAAUCAAUGCGGCUACAUCUCUCCAUCCCGCCAGCACACCACAGUCCUGAAUUAGGCAUAAAACUUCAUGUUUUGUGAGGAACAACAGUUACCAAAUGCCACUCUUUAUGUAAAUAAAUAAUCAUUAAAAAUGCAAUAUUAUCAUAAUUACCAUUCAACAACACCAAAACCAUAGACCUUUGAUGUCUGCACUCAACUUUGACCAGCAGAGGGCUUCUAAGGCCAUGUAAUGUAUUUAAGGCACUGCUGAUGUUAGGGACAUCAUAACAUGCUCCUGAGUUUAACUGGAAUCUGUAAUAUUAAAUACAGUCUGCAUUUGGAGCGCACACAAUAGGAUGUCAGUGCCAGAGGAAUUUCAUUAUCAACCAAGAACGGAAUGUUGGCAGGCUGAAGUUGGCCGUGUAAUUCAUGAAAGCCAUACACAGUCAUAACAAAUGGCUUCAAGUGGCAUUUGUAGGCUGUUUCUUGUUUUGCAAAUUCAUCUGCUGGAGGUCGUCCACCGGCUGUGGCUGGGCCUGCUCGCGCCCGCAGGCACGGUUUAGCUGGGAACACAAUUGAAGGGAUUUGAGAAGACCAAGGCCACCUUUCAGUCCUGCACUGUCUAAAUGUCCCUUGUCCAUUAGAUCAUAUCUGGGUCAAAGAGCAACCAAAGAAGGGAACCCCUGCUCGCCUCACAAAAGCCAUUCACGCAGAGAAGGUCAUGUGACCUUAGCCGAAAACGGGCGGUCUUUGGUGCCAGCUGUAUUAGCGUUUCUCUAAUGAAUGAUUCUUAACUUCCCAAGGCCUUGCAAAGCAAAUAUAGGCUACAAUCUGAACCCUGCUGUCUUUCUCAGACGAUCAUUAAAAUAAAUCAGUUUCAUCUUAAGAGAUAGAGCUAAUUAAAAGACUCAUUAGCACAGCACACUGAUGUAGCAUUGUGUGCUUUAUACGAGGCACGAUAUUUCCAGAGGGUGAAACAGCGUUUCAUUAGCCACUGUAAAGGUGCAGUCACAUU